UUUACAUAUCACCAGUAUAGAAAAGUACACUUUCGUGUAAAAAAAAUUCAAGCCACCACGUUUUUGACAGAUAUCAUCCAAAAGGGUUAAUGAUUUACGAACAGUCUUAUUGUUGUUAAAGUACAUAAGCUUCUAAAGUUACGUAAAUGUAGUUUUUACGAAAAGUUAAAUUGAGUUUGCUAAACGUAAUUUAUAAUUAUGUACACCAACUGUAAAUAUUGUCCAUCAGCAUCGGAUAAAUAUUGGCUUUGUCAAAAACAUGGACUUCGCCAGCGCCGAAGUUGCCGUAUUCGGGACUGCGGGUGUCGAGUUUCGCUUCAGCCACGUGACCUGUACUCAAAGGUCAACAAAGGUCAUCUACUUGAUUGCGGCAGAGGUGAAGUGAUUUCGCCCAAAACAAUGAAGGAUAUCACGCACUUCAAGACAAAUCUGCUGACGUCGACUACGCCCAUUAGGCCGACAAACAAAGGGACGACCAUUAAUUCGACGGCACAGCAACAGCUGAAAGAGCGAGUUAGGAGUAUCGAGGAAACUUUAGAAAAGUACGGGAAGAAAGAUGGUUUCAGAGGGUUGCAAGGGACAAAAGAAUAUUCAGACUACUCUUCAACUACCGGAUGUCCAGCCUGUCCAGUUCGGAUCACCUGCGAUAAUAAACUGCACUCCCCUACGUCAAGGCAUAAAAAAUAUCACAGUCAUAGACCAGCAAGUCGUGUUCAGCACGGAAGUCCAUCGAGAUAUUCAAGUGGGACAGUUAAUGGAUACGAACCGCUACGAGGAAGAUCUCGAUCUAGAAAGUUCCAAGCUUAUGACGACGACGAUGAGGAGAUAGCAGAUCUCUUUCGCGAGUUGGAGGAGUUAGGCUUAAGCGGAAAUGGCAGCUUCAGAAGAAAUAAACCAAGAGACCCGUUUUUGAGUCUGAAGGCUGGGGACCUCAGCAAAACAUGCACCUCGUCUGAUCACAGUCUUCCUAGGAUGUUCAGGUGCCAAGGAUGUGGUGAUAUGCAGAAUAUAUUCACGCCUUACAAUAAUCAAAACCUCUCCAAUCUAGAUCACCAAAAAUACCCCUUUCUACCACUCGGGCUCCAGCCAUACGUGGACAUUCUGGACCCAAGUAAAAAGGGGAAAACGUUGGACCCCGAUACUACUGCUAAAUUGUAUGCUGCUAACGUAGCCGCUUGGCCUUGGAAUAGCCCCAAUAACAGGUACUACAUGCCGUACCAGCCGUUCUCGGGAGGAGUGCCCUGGGGUCCGUUUGGGUUUCCAAAUAUGGAUAUCACCAAAGAUGAGAGGCUGAACAAAAUACUUGAGAAGCUGAGUGAGAAGUUAGAGGACAAGGACAAAAGCGGAGGAGGGAGACCCAGGAGUAGAUCGAUUGGGACCCAGUCAGUUGAAGAUAUGCGAUUUGAUAAAAGUAUCGAAGAAGAGGAGGAGCUGUUGAUGGAAGAGGGAACUCAAGGGGGCCUGCAGAGUGCUGUACCCAAUGAUGAACUCAAGUUAAACUGGGAUCAGACGCCAGAUGACAAUAAUCGAAUGGAGGACUUCAUGUCUGGUCUCCCCAAGACUGCCCUGGAGCUACGCGAGAUGGAGUUGAGUGCAUGGGCCGCUUCCAAGUGGUGGGGCAUGGUCAAGAAACGGAGGGAACUGCGCAAACAUUACGGCUUCGACCAUGAUGGCGACGAAGAAUUCUGCCAAGUAGAGCUGCGAAAUCGCGACACCCUGCAAUCGGCUCCAGAGGAGCUGGACUUAUCAGACUCGAACCCAGAGCAACCUGAUGGAACGUAUGAGAAUGCCAAGAGACAUCCAGGAAAGGAUUCUGCUCCAAUGAAGAUUCCCAAGGGGUUCGACAGUUUCAAGCAGCUGUCAGCAGCUGCCAAGGCCUCCUAUAAAUGGUCGCAGUUCAUUGAGAAACGAAAAAGUUCCAGGAAACGAAAGGAGGGCAAAAAGUAAAAUUUUACUAACACAAAUACAAAGAGUGAAUUAUAUUUUCACGAAAUAAUUCUAAUCAUGAUUUUGUAAGUGAAAUUAAUAGUUUUCU